CAUUUUGUUUGAUCGAUAGUUGAAUCUCGAAACACUCUCGAAUCACGGAUCUACGGCGCGAUACGUAAGCGCUCUGUGUUUGUUUGCUUCUUACGGAACGAAGCUCCCGAAAUAUGACUCAAGAAGGCCAAUUGCCUCCCCCACCUGUUAUGUGGGCUCAGAGGAAAGAAAUUUUAUUUGUUACUAUCUGUCUAGAAGAUUGCAAAGAUCCUGCAAUUAACAUCGAACCACAAAUGAUAUAUUUUAAAGGAGUAGGUGGAACUGAACAAAAAAUGCAUGAAGUAACGAUUAACCUAUAUGGAGAAGUCAUUCCAAACAGAACUAUUCAAAACCUAAGAGGAAGGACUUUAGAGUUAGUUCUUGUUAAAAAAGAAGAAGGUCCAUAUUGGCCAAGAUUAACAAAAGAAAAAACGAAAGCCCAUUGGUUAAAAAGCGAUUUUAAUAAAUGGAAGGAUGAAGAUGAUAGCGACGAUGAAGGUGGAAUGGAAGGAAGUGGCAACGAUUUGGAAGAAAUGAUGCGACAGAUGGGUGGUCUAGGAGGAUCAGGAGAUAGUAAACCAAACUUCGAUGAUUUAGAUGCUUUAGGAGAUGAAGGUGAUGGAAUGGAUAGCGAUGACGACGAUCUACCCGAUCUUCUGGAAUGAAGACAUUAUGACGCUACUUUAAAAUUAUCUUCAUUAAAAAAGUAAAAAAAUUCAAAAACAAAUGGCGACCUAAAAAUAGUGCAUCACCAGGCAAUAUUUCAGUAGGCCGUGCUAUUUGUAUUUUCAAUUAAAUUUGCUAAUGGCCCAUGUUGAAAUAGCAAACAAACAAAUAAGGUGCACGAAAAACUGUCAACAUAAAAGAAUACAGUGGUCAAGAGAAAAGAAACA